AUGCACCUUUCUUUAGUUAUUAUUAUUCAAACAAAUAGAACUAAGCUACAUGAUUCAGUCACGUGCCUGCGAACACCGCUCGCCAUCACACCUUAUAAGCCACUCAUAUUUAAGGAUGCUUUACAAAGCAGAGAAAAAGAUAAAUAA